AUGCUUAAAACUCAUAUAUCUCGCCUUGCUUCUAAUUCAUCCCCUUCUUCUUCUUCUUCUUCUUCUUCUUCCACCAUUCCAAGUCAAGGAGUCAACCAAAAACCUUUGUAUGAAGUGACAACUAGGAGUGGGAAGGUAGUAGGGAGUGACCCUUUAGUGAAAGAAGAGCCUCAAGAAGAAGUGGAGCUAGAGAAUGAGGGUGAGAGAGCCAAUGAGCCAUUAAGUGUUGACAAAGAAAAGGACGUUGAGGUGCCAAAGGAUAAAGUUACCCCUUUGCCCCUAAAUUGCCAACCUAGAGAGGAAAAGCUACCCUUUCUACAACAAUUUGUGAGAACUAAACUUGAUGCCCAAUUUGGGAAGUUUUUGGCUGCGAUAAAGAAUUUGCAUGUUUCUCUUCCUUUUGUUGAUGCAAUGAAACAAAUGCCCCACUAUUACAAGUUCUUGAAAGACCUCUUGAGUGGGAGAAGGGAGUGUGAAACGGUGAACUUAACUGCAAAUUGUAGUGCUAUCCUUUCCAACAAGCAUCCUACUAAGUUGAAAGGUCCGGGUAGCUUCUCCAAUCUUUGUUCCAUUAAUGGUGUCAAGUUUGAAAAAGCGUUGUGUGAUUUAGAAGCAAGAGUGGCGGUGGAUGAGGAUGAGAGGAUUCCUAUAAUUUUGGGUGUACCAUUUCUUGCUAUUUCUAUAGCAAUCAUCGUGAAGGAGGGUAAGAUGACCCUAUAA